AUGAAUGGAACACAUUGUCUGCUCACAUUCAUCGACAACACAACCAUCAAAAACACAACCAUCAACAAAACCAUCAACAACACAACCAUUAACAAAACCAUCAACAAUACAACCAUCAACACCAGAAACAACAACACCACCGUCAACAACACAUCCAUCAAUAAUACAUCCAUCAACAACACAACCAUCAACACAGUAACUAUCAACAACACAACCGUCAACAAUGCAACCAUCAAAAACAGAACCAUCGACAAUGCAACCAUUGACAACACAACCAUUGACAACGCAACCAUCAACAACAGAACCAUCGACAUCACAACCAUUGACAACACAACCAUCAACAACACAUCCAUCAAUAAUACAUCCAUCAACAACACAUCCAUCAACAACACAACCAUCAACAUCAGAACCAUCAACAACAGAACCAUCCACAUCACAACCAUCGACAACACAACCAUCAACAACAGAACCAUCCACAUCACAACCAUCGACAACAUAACCAUCAACAACACAUCCAUCAAUAAUACAUCCAUCAACAACACAACCAUCGACACAGUAACUAUCAACAACACAGCCAUCAACAACAGAACCAUCAACAUCACAACCAUCGACAACACAACCAUCGACAACACAUCCAUCAAUAAUACAUCCAUCAACAACACAAACAUCAACAGAACCAUUGACAUCACAACCAUCGACAACACAACCAUCAACAACACAUCCAUCAAUAAUACAUCCAUCAACAACACAACCAUCGACAACACAACCAUCAACAACAGAACCAUUGACAUCACAACCAUUGACAAAACAUCCAUCAAUAAUACAUCCAUCAACAACACAACCAUCAACAGAACCAUUGACAUCACAACCAUCGACAACACAACCAUCAACAACACAUCCAUCAAUAAUACAUCCAUCAACAACACAUCCAUCAGCAACACAACCAUCAACAACACAACCAUCAACAUCACAACCAUUGACAACACAUCCAUCAAUAAUAUAUCCAUCAACAACACAACCACUAACAGAACCAUUGACAUCACAACCAUCGACAACACAACCAUCAACAACACAUCCAUCAAUAAUACAUCCAUCAACAACACAUCCAUCAAACCAUCGACAUCACAAUUGACAACAACCAUUGACAUCACAACCAUCGACAACACAACCAUCAACAACACAUCCAUCAACAACACAUCCAUCAGCAACACAACCAUCGACAACACAACCAUUAACAACAGAACCAUCAACAUCACAACCAUUGACAACACAUCCAUCAAUAAUACAUCCAUCAACAACACAACCAUUAACAGAACCAUUGACAUCACAACCAUCGACAACACAACCAUCAACAACACAUCCAUCAAUAAUACAUCCAUCAACAACACAUCCAUCAGCAACACAACCAUCGACAACACAACCAUCAACAACAGAACCAUCGACAUCACAACCAUUGACAACACAUCAAUCAAUAAUACAUCCAUCAACAACACAACCAUCAACAGAACCAUCGACAUCACAACCAUCAACAACACAUCCAUCAAUAAUACAUCCAUCAGCUACACAACCAUCGACAACACAACCAUCAACAACACAACCAUCAACAACACAACCAUUGACAACACAACCAUCAACAACACAACCAUCAACAACACAACCAUUGACAACACAACCAUCAACAACACAACCAUCAACAACACAACCAUCGACAACAUAACCAUCAACAACACAACCAUCAACAACACAACCAUCAACAACACAACCAUUGACAACAUAACCAUCAACAACACAACCAUCAACAUUACAACCAUUGACAACACAACCAUCAAUAAUACAUCCGUCAACAACACAUCCAUCAAAAACACAACCAUCAGCAACACCAAAUAUGGUGUUAUGUGUGACUACAGUGACGUCUGA